AUGCGCAUUGGAAUUACUACCUCAAAUGUGAAGAACUUUGCAUGGGCUAAUGCAGGCGGCAGGCCAGACGCGCCCGCAUGGCUCCACAGCCGCUCCCCCACUCCUGCCCCGUUCGCCGAGCUCCGUAGUCCACGAGAUCCAACACCGUGGCUCCGCCGCUCCGUGAUCCGUCUACAGCGAAACCCAGCUCCGCCGUGGCUCCGCCUCUCUCUGCGUCUCCUCUCCGUGCACCAGUAG